GAGAGCGGGAAACUGUCAGUAGCAUUGAAACCGCAAAAGCGUUUACGUCUCCCGAACCGAGAUCAAGCUCGCGAUCGUGCGCUCGAAAAAUCUCCGAUCGAAUCUUGCGCGACAAAAUAUUAAAAAAAAGAGUUAAAGUGUCGGUAUUUUGUGACUAUUGAAAUGAAUAGUAUAGUAUAGAGACGCUGUGGCAGUCAUUACCACAACAUGCUGAUAAGAAAUUAAGUGGCAUCGUGAAGUGUUAUUGUUGUUGUUUUUUUGUCUGGAGCUUAGGGGAGUAAUGCUUGGGAAUCACAAUCGAAAUUCUGUACCGACUAACACCAAACUGCCCAACUGAUAGUGACAUUUAGACCGUUGGAUUAUUCAUAUUCGAACAAGGUCAAUAACAACAGUCGGAGAUCAACAUGGACACGCAAUUUCUUUUGCUGAUCGCUGCCCUCUUCUGGUUUUCGACGAGCGCUCAAAUCAUCAACCGCAUAAACCACCAAUUGUUCGAGAAUGAUCAGUGCCCUUUGACGAAUGGCGAAACUGGUAUAUGCCGCAAAACUUCGGAAUGUCGUUCCAGCGAUCGGCAACGGGAGUUACAUUGCGAAUGGUCUAAAAAUGACCCGGUCAUUUGUUGCGCCGAAAGUCAUACGGACAAUUACGAUGCCUUGGCCAACCGUGCUGAUGGAGUCUGUGAAGGCAUUCCCGAAUUUAAAUCCGGUGGCUUAAGAGAUCAUGUGGUGGGAAAAGCUGAACAUGCAGCGGUCGGUGAAUUUCCGUUUAUGGCGUUGCUGCGUUACCAACAGGAAAAUGUACGCUGCGGCGCGGCUUUGCUGAAUGAGAAGUUUUUCAUCACGGCAGCUCACUGUUUUAAAUUUUUCGAUCCCAUAGCUGUAGUCACCGGCAUCGAUGAUGCUACCGAUGCUUUGGCAGAUAGCUACCCAAUUUCCAGGAUCAUCAAGCAUAAAGAUUAUGAUCCUCGUACGAAACAAAACGAUAUAGCCCUGGUGGAGGUCGAAAAACCAGUAAAGUUGAACCAAAAUGUUCAACCUAUAUGUUUGUACACCAGAUCGAUAGAUCUGCCGGUAACUACAAUUCUUACCAUCAUGGGUUGGGGACAAGAUAAUACAGACAAUUCGUCGAAUCAGUUACUGAAGGGCGCUGUACGACCGGUGCUACGAAGCGCCUGUCAAACAAACUACACUUUACCGAAACGAUCGGUAAAGCUCUCGGAAAAUCAGUUAUGUGCCCAAGGCUUCGAAACUGAAAACGGAGUUCUCACCGAUGCGUGCCAAGGUGAUUCCGGUGGGCCUCUUGUUUUGGAAGAAAAAAGCAAGUUCCAUUUGGUUGGAAUCGUUUCCUAUGGAGCAGCAUGUGGCACCGAAAGGUUCCCCGGAAUUUAUACUCGCAUUUCGAGCUAUCUGGAUUGGAUUAUUGAUAUUGCAUGGAAGGAGAGUUGACGAGUGGCCCCGAUCGUAGAGAAUUAAUCCAGGCAAAUGCGAAUGGACAAUGAAAUUAUUUACUCGGGGACAGCUUUUCCAGUAAUAAAAAAAGUAACAAAUAUACUUGGAAUGAGUUUCUUUACCAGGCCAGAGGGC